AUGAACCGAUCCACCCCCACAAACCAGCCGCAACGGACGCCUCCAGUGGAUCCAAGUUACGGGGAGGAUGAGGAGCCCCCCACCACCAGUAAAGGCAAGAGAAAGCCAUCUGGUUCCGUCAAGCGAGAGAGCUGCCAGCGACUCAAGACCACCAGAGCGUGCGAUAUUUGCAAAGAGAAAAAGACUCGCUGCAGCGGGACUCUUCCAUGUGCGCGUUGCCAGCGACUGUCGUUGCUCUGUGAAUACGAAACGACAUAUUCCAGGGGACUUGGCCCGCCACCGCCGCCACCACUGGAGCUGACCUUCGCUGACCAGCCGGACGAACAGCAGCACUUCAAACGUGAUUUGAACUUCCAGACAUCGAUUCAACGCCCUGGACAGCAUGAGGCUGCCCAUCAUGCUCCUACGAGAAAUGCCAAUCUCCUGACGGCGGAGUUCCAGGGAGGCUACCUAGACCUGGCGUCGGGAACCUCAUUUAUCAACCGGGUAUGUCAGCGUCUCAACCAAGACAAGACACCGUCCCCCGGUGCCAUGGAUGUCUCGGACGGGUUCCAUGGCGAACUCUCGAACAGCCCAUCUGUCACCAAGUUUGGAGACAAGCCGUAUUCCAGCCUCUACGCGCUGGACUUCACCCUUCCUCCGUUGGAGAGGGCUCUGGAGAUGGUUGCGACGUACUUUGAAUAUGCCGUUGUGACCUACCGGUUCUUGCAUCGUGGUCAGGUCGAGCAAUGGCUCCGUCAGAUCUACCAGAGCAACAUUUCGGGGACAAACCUGCCCACAGACCUAAUGGUAGGACGCUGCUGUAUUGUGUACAGUGUUCUUGCGAUUGGUACACUUUAUGAGAGGCGGGCUCCCGAGUCCAAUGUAGAUUAUGAUGAGCAAAGCGAACGCUGGUUUGCCCUCUCCAAGCGGAUGUCGUCCAUUGAGUCGGGCGCGCCACAGCUGGAGACAGUACAAGCCAGACUGAACCAAAGUCUUUACUUACUGGCGUCGUCCCGAGCCAGUGAGUGCUGGUUCGCGUUCGGCACCACCGUUCAGUUCUUGACCGCUCUGAACAUACAUCGCAAAUGGCCGUCCACGAUGGUCAAGGAGGGCAAGGGCACAUAUUUGGAGCAAGAACUUCGGAAGAGAACCUUUUGGAGCGUGUACACACUGGACAAGUAUCUGAGUGUGAUGUUCGGCCGACCGCGGUUGCUACACGAUGAGGACUUUGAUCAAGACCUUCCGGACGAGGCGACAGAUCAAGACUUGCUGAUCAAUGAGCCGAGUAUGCGCUCUGGCGUACCCGACGAUCUGAUGGUUGUAUCGGUACUCCAUUACCGGCUCUCACGGGUGUUGGCAGACAUUUCAAGGAAACUGUACACUCCCAAUCCGCCCGGCGGGUCUCCUUUCAAGGCGGCCAUCCUGUUAACCCUGGAAUUAGAACGAUGGAAAGAGGCUGCAGCUCCAUUGAUGGAUCGCUGGCGGUCACAGAUUCAGCAUCUCGCCUACUCCCACGCAAUCAUUCAUACCACACGGCUAUUUCUCUUAAAUGACUGCGAGGAUAUCCCCCAAUCGAGCGUCGCCACCUAUGUGCACAAAUGCAUCGAGGCCGCCGAGGAAGUUAUGACCGUCAUCAACGGACUCGCCAGCCGGAAAGCUCUCAUUCAUGGGUUUUGGUUUACCCAUUACGUGUGUUUCUGUGCCAUUACGGUGGUGUACAUCCACAUCAUCAAACAGCAUCUCGCGUCGUCGACGAGCGACACAUUGAGCCGGAAGGUGGAAAACAGCAGUCAGCUGCAAUACCUGUUCAGCCUCGCAGAGACCUGCCAACAGCACCUCGGGAAGGCCACCUCCCGGAGCAGUCCCAACCGUCGCUAUGGUAUUAUUCUAGAGGAACUACGCCAGGAGGUCCAUCGGCAAGUCGUCUCCAGUCACCGACCAGGCGCUCAAAUGGACGCGGAAGAUGACAGCCAUAAAAGCGUUUCCAGAGAAAGUAGCUUUCUUUCGCCUAGCUUCCAUCCCGCUCCAGUUCCCGCAGUCUCCCUGAAGCCGAAUGUCAUGGUGUUUGAACCACUGCCCGCCGACCUGUCUGCCUCUCAUCUUGUGAACGACUCAUUCAAAUUAUAUGAUAGUUUCGGUUUCCCGGAUAGCUCCGAUACUUCGGCCUGGUGGGCACAACUAGACUCUUGGGUAAGCUCCGCCAGCAUCCAUGUUUGUUGUACCCAGCAAGCUUACUUAUUCUGA